AUGUCAUCCGGCAGCGACAACCACCCCCAGGCCGAGCCAAAACUAGACGAGCCAACAACACCUAGAGUUCUUACCAUCUUGUCUUGUGUACUAGAGAAGCUAGUGGCAUGUAAUGACCAGCUAGUUCUCGGUUUGGCUCAGCUUGGGAAGAGCUUGAACGCCUUCGAUGGCGUGAAAGCCCCAAGAAUUACAAUUCUGAAUUAUAUAGAGAGAAUAUACAAAUACACAAAUUGUAGCCCCUCAUGUUUCGUGGUAGGCUAUGUGCAUAUAGACAGGUUGGUGCAUAGGUAUCCCAACUCGCUCGUGGUGUCACUCAAUGUUCAUAGAUUGCUGGUUACAUGUGUUAUGGUGGCUUCUAAGAUUCUCGAUCAUGUGCACUAUAACAAUGCAUUUUAUGCUCGUAUUGGUGGAGUGACCAGUACAGAACUAAACAAGCUCGAAGUAAAGCUUCUUUUCCUUUUGGAUUUCGGAGUAAUCUGUCGCCAUCCUCAUUCGCUAAUUUGUGACAAGUGUAGUUCACAGGCAGCCACGGUGAGGUGUAUUGAGGAUAAGUUAUCGCUUUGUGAGGAUUGUGAUUGGAAUGGAAAUAGUUGUUCAGGUGUUGGUCAUCAUCGUUUAAAGUUGAAUUUCUACACUGGAUGUCCUUCUCUGGCUGAAUUCUCCAAAAUCUGGUCUUCAAUUCUUGAAUCACCGCAGCAAACUACAAGUAGUUUUGGGAGUGCAAUGGCUACAAAUGAGAAUUCUAACAUGGAUUGUGCUAUUAUAACGGAUCUCAGGCCUCCUGAAACUGAUGACCUCUGCGAUAGUCUUGACAUGGAUGAUAUUGGUUUGAGCUUUGACAGUAGUUAUGAAAUGUUCGGCAAUUCACAAGGUCAGCCAAGAUACAACUACGAAGAUGGAGGAAUUUCUAGCCUAUUAAUGGAGAAAAACCUGUCGGUCACUCUAUCAAAUAGCACUCAUAUUGAAAGUGCUUUCGAGGCAUCCUCAUCAGGGCAUAUAGCUGCUUGUUCAAGAAAUUUAAUGCAGGCGGUGAGUAGUGCGAAUUGCGUGCUUAUGAACCCAGCAGCUGCAUGCAACAGAUCAAGUAUGGGAUUAGGGUUUCCAAAUGGCCAACUUCCUUCAACCAUAUCCCUUACUCUCCAAUAUCACUGGAGAAAGCAAUACUGCUGA